UUAGAAGGGGAUCAAACAAAUUAAGGUGGCCCUCUCCCCCCACUCCACUCAUACUAUUGAGACAAGGAAAUCCUCCCUCUCUCUCCCUCAAUCACUCUCUCGGCCAGCACAACCCAAGCAAGAAAAAAAAAAGAAAACCUCCAUCCUCCUUUCCAAUCCUUGAAGAGAGCUCCAACAAUAGGGAUCCAAGGGGAAAGAUUAAAGGGAGAAAAAGCUAGGAAAAGUGAGAAAGAUUAAGGAACUUGAUUUAAAGUAUUUUGAGCCUCGCCGGAGUUUCGCCGGAGUUGGUCAAAGUUCGCCGGAGUUGGUCAAAGUUCACCGGAAACUAGUCAAAGUUCAACCGGGGAGCGUAGAACGCGCGUGAGCUCACUUAAGUUUCAGGUCGGGAUUAAAGCUUGCCGCUACCGCCCGUUGCAUCGGAGAAUUCAAGAGAAGAAGACGUGAAAUGGAGCCAAUUGGAAGGAUCACUAGGAGGAACCCGACGGGCCGUGUACCGGGUGGGUCCGAACGCGGCAGCCGGGGGUCCACUAGGGUGUCCAGGGGAAGGGGCCGUGGAGGCCAACAACAAACCGUGAGCGAUGGCCACGUGGACACCGAGAGUGAGACUUAUUGGUCCUAUGAGGACUCAACCUAUAGGCCGGAAACCGAGCCGGUGGAAACCCCAUAUGAUGGGGAAGAUGACGAUGUGAGUGAAGAGAGUGAAGACGAUGGCACUCUUGGGAGGAUCGAGGCGCUGCUCCAACAAUACCACCGGGAGCGCGAAGAGAGGAGACAACGCCGAAGGCGCCGAACGGGGCAACCUUCGGGCAUGGCUUCGAGAGGAGGAAGCCAAGGUGCUUCUAGAGUCCAUGUUGAACCACAUGGAGGCCAAAAUGUGGGAGGUCCAACCAUAAGGAUCUCCAAAUUUAUCAAAGAAGCACGAGAUUUGGGAUGUAAACCGUUUGAUGGAACGGGAGACAUCUCCGUUGCAGCCGAAUGGAUCAAAAGAUUCAACGAGGCGGCCCUUGACAUGCAGCUGCCACCCAUCAUGAAAUUGAGGGUGGCAACAAGAUUGCUCGAAGGCAUGGCGUCCACGUGGUGGGACGGGGUCAAAGGAAAAUACGGCGAAGUCGUCACAUGGGAGAACUUUCGGCAGGAGUUCUUCAACCAAUACUACUCCGACUUCGAGGUAAACAUGAAGAGGAGGGAGUAUACGAACUUGACACAGGGAGGCGCAUGUACGGUGAAGGAACUUGAGCACAAGUUCAGAAAGCUUGCCGAAUUCAUACCGGAGUACAUAUGUGAUGAGAACCGGAUGGUGAACCACUUCUGGGAUGCCUUAGACCUUGACAUACGCGAGAGGGCAACACAAUUGCCUAAUAUGACGUUUAGUCAAGUGGUUGAACAGGGCCUGAAGGGAGAGAAGGAGUGGGAGGAAAGAAAGCGGAGGAACGCCGAGGAGGCGAAGAAGAGGAAGUGGGAAAGCCAUGGCCCACAAGGUUCUAACAAAAAGGGGAACCACGGGGGAGGAGGAUCGUUCAGGACACCGACGCCGCCAUCCAAGGGAAACUCGGCUUUCGGCGGGCACAACUCGGGCUCACAAGCCUCGACAGCGCCCAGGUGCCGAAAUUGCAACAGGAGCCACGCCGGUAAGUGUCGUGACCCUCCUCGGUGCUACCAAUGUGGAGACACGGGGCAUCUUAAACCAAAUUGCCCUCAACUUGGUGGAAACCGAGGGGCGGGAUCAAGCGGCGCUACUACGGCAAGUAGGAGUCGGACCGGAGCACCCCAUGCUAGUACGGGGCAGGGGGGAGCGAGCGCCAGCAACGCGCCGUCCGUGAAUCAAGGAAGGACGCAAGCUAGAGUCUACGCAAUGACCGAGGCCGAUGCUCGGGCCAAUCCCGACUCCGUUGCAGUUUCAGGUCGGGAUUAAAGCUUGCCGCUACCGCCCGUUGCAUCGGAGAAUUCAAGAGAAGAAGACGUGGUUCGUGCUUCUUCUGUUUCUGUUUUGAAAACGAUUUAAACCAUGCUCAUGGAUAUUAUUUUUCUUUAAUAUGUAUUUAGGGCUUGUAUGCCCAUGUUGCCAAAGGUGUGGCGUGCACAUUUGUAUUGAACAUUUCCG